CCCACUGCGUGUAAUGCAUGUCUGAUCACUGAUUGUUGGUGGUUCGGCGGAUAGGUUUGAUCGCGGAGCGCCAGUAUAGUCACGUCAAUGAUGCACUCAUAUACUGAUCCUUGUGAAUUAUUUGCGGGUAGCAGCAGUAGGCCAAUUUCACGGGUUAACGUCUAUUAGCAAUGAAAAUGUUUCUUUGCUAACUUUCAACAAAUGACACAUGGAGUCAUUACGAGAAGAGGCUUCUCUUUCACAUGUCAACACAUUUCCUUCACGACUGAAACAGAGAUCGAGAGGUGGUUUUAUUUCCGGGCUUUGGAAGUACCCGACGGCACACCUAGGUUAUAUGCUAACUUUUUCGCACCCUGUAGUUUCGGUAGACCUGCCUCUCUGUAGCCCGCUCUGAGUGAGUCGAUCUCUUCAAACAUUGAAGCAAGUCGCUUCUAGUUUUCCGUUUCUUGCAGAGUAUCUUCGAAUUUCACAUCAACAUGGCUAGUAUUCAGGACCCCAAUUCAAAUGUGGAAAGGACGAAUUAUCAAGAUGAUUGGAGUGACGAAGAGAACGAAAGACCGAAAGGAGAAAAUAAAGAAGUCAAACACACUGCCAAAUCCCUUUUUCAGGACAAUCUACUCAGUACAAUCACAUACUGCAGUGUUUUUGGAAGUUUUGGAAUGUGUGUCGCGUUGCUUGGUCCGACAUUGGAAGAUUUAGGAUGUCAAACGGGAAGUACCCUGAUCGAGAUGAGUUGGGCUUUUCUUGCUCAAGCUUUUAGUGUCCUCAUUGGAUCAAUGGCGGGUGGAUUUCUAGUAGACAGGUAUGGUGCAGAUCCUCUACUCUUCAUCUCCAACACCAUGAUUGGCAUCACCCUGAGUCUUAUACCUCUGUGUAGCAACCUACCUCUCCUCCUGGCCGACCUGGCCUUCAUGGGCUUCUUCAUGGGUAUCAUCGACACCACAGCCAACGUGUCCUUGCUCAAGAUCUAUGGCAAACUCGUCUCACCGUUCCUUCAGGCUCUUCAUUUCUGUUACGGCCUUGGUGCGGUCAUCAGCCCCCUCUUGGCCGAACCCUUCCUUCUGAACACAGACUGUACUCUGUUGGUCACCAACGGGACAGCCAGCUCCAGUGACGAUGGUGCCAGCGUGACCGCUGAGACGGUGACACUGAGUUCUUUAGAGGAUGCCCAGUCCCAAACCAACGUUAAGUAUGCCUUCUGGAUCAUGGCUGCUUUCCAGAUUCCUAUUGUAAGUCUUGUUCUUGCCCUGAACAUCCGUCGAUACUGCUGUAGCCCGCCCUCAGACAAGAGUUUUAUCACGGUCUUGAAUCGUUCAAACUAUGUUGACCUCGAUGCAGACCAAGACAUUGCCAAGCCAGAGAGCCCUAAGAAAAACCAUACUCGAUGUUUACAGACUGACAGAUCAAAAAUAGUGGUCUUUACAGUCCUUAUAUCCUUCCUUCUCAUCAUAUAUGAUGGAUUGCAGGCUGCGUACGGAGGAUACAUCUUUGAAUAUGCUGUCAAGAACAUCGCUAUUAAUCUCUCGGCGACAGAUGGAGCCUAUCUAACAUCUGUCUACUGGGGGAGCUUUGCACUCGGAAGAUUAAUAUCCAUCCCAAUAUCCACUUUCUGCUCACUGUCUGUCAUGUUAAUGGUUAAUCUGAUUGGUUGUUUUGUGGCGCUGUGUUUAGAGCUUCUUGUUAGGGAUAGUCUGGUUGUUCUAUAUGUAGGAUCAGGUAUCUUUGGGCUGUUCCUCAGUAGUAUCUACCCAUCGUCUAUAGCCUACGCUGAACAGCACAUCAGAAUGUCAGGCUUGGUGACAAGUUGUAUUGUCAUAGGAGCAGCUACAGGAGAAAUGACGUUCCCUGUCAUCGUGGGUAGGUUGAUCUUCCCCAUCCAACCUUUGUUCUUCUUGGCCUUCUGUGCUGGAGCCUGCUGUCUAGGAAUCUUAGUUUUUAUUGCCCUCCAAAUCAUAUCCUAUUGCACGGCUGAGAAAGCUAAACCGAUACCACUGGCCGAAGGAGCGUACAUGUGGUGUCGCAGCUGCUGCCUAGCCUCUCGUGAGAGUCUCCUGUUCGGAGAAUCAAAGUACUACACGACCCUGACGGACACCAAUUCGGCCUACAAAGUAAUCGCUACCAAGGAACAGUUUCGUAUGAAGCCAUCCGAUAAGCCUUCCGAGAUAGAGUCAGAUGGAAUCAUUCAGGAGGAUGCACCUAGAUAAUAAGAAAUUGGCUCCAGCGAAACAUGGAAAAUUUAACAUAGAUGGCAAUGAAAUGGUAUUACAACAAAAAUGUGUCUGUUCAGAGCUAGAAAGACAUUAAUUCUGCUAAAGUAUAUGAGACAAUGCCCUUCUGGCUCCAAACAGAUGAAUUGCGGUAUUUUAGACAGGAGAUUAAGUCAUAUUUUCAACAUUCUGUAGAUGCUGGUACAGACUGAAAGAGGUGCGAAAUCUUCAAGAAUAGACGCUUGCUCAAUUUCCUCCAUGUGAACAGUGUAUCAAUAGCCAAACCUUGCUCCAGUACAAUGUAGAAUACAUUAACAUGUAUAUAUGAAUGGCUUUAGGAUGAAUAAGAUUACUUGUGUUAUAUUGAUAAGGGGGAACUUGGGAAGUUCUAAUGUUCGUAAUGCAAUGGGAGAUUACUGAUAAAUGAUUACAUUCUAUUUUUAACAAAGAGAAUCAGAGUGAUAGGAAUUAAAGGUGGUGUAUCCUCUAUGGAAAGUUUUUAAAACAUCAUGAACGUGCAUUGGGAAUCGAAUCAACAUCAUAACUGUAAGAAAAUCCUACAUUCCUAGGUUGUUGUUUUUUUUAAAGAUGAAAAGACAUCUAUGUUAUGGGGUGCUAAAUGUAACACUUUCAGUUCUAAAAUAAGAGAAAUGAUUGUAAAAUCAAUCUGUCUGAUUGCUUGCAUGAAUACAAUCAAUUUGUAAGAUUGGUUUUCUUAUUAAUUCAUUUAUUUUGUUACAGGUUGGAAAUGUUAUACUUAGCACCUCAUAGCCAAAUACUAUUCGGCAACCUGCCUUAACUAAAUUUAAAGUCUAACAGUUGAUCUUUUAUUCAACGAAAAGUCACUUUUCCAUUCCCACAUUGGGAGGGGAAUUUUUGUGUGGAUACAAUACUGUAUCAGAAUAUCAGUAUUUUCUUCCAGAUACCAAUGAAUUGAUACAAUUCUAGACUUUCCACGGGGUAGAGUACAUUGCCAUCAUAUUGUAAUUAGAUUUGUUAUAGAUAUCAAUUUUUUUUUUUUUAUUGUUGCAAGUCACAGGUUUUAUGAAACAGGCCCCAGGUCUGCUUGUUCCUCUGAAUGGUGUAUAGAACUGUAGAUUUGCGUAGAUAACUUUGUGCACUAAGAAUUAUGAAAAUUAAAGUAAGUAAUGAUUUUAUUUUUAUAUCACACAUUUUAUGUUUAUAUAGAAAAGAUUAUUGUCUAUAAUGUAUUCAUGUUGUAAGUGCAUUCAUAUAGAUUGUUAUUGAAGCAAGAAAGGCUUCAAAUUGUUUGAAAUGAUAUAAAUUUAUAAGAAUAAGACUGUGACAUAGCUACCUAAAAUAUCUAUGUGUAUUGAUUGGGCAAUUGCAAUACCUUAUUGUGUUGCCUAUACAAGUUAAAAUUGCAAGACUAAUGUAAUGUUUGCACAUUUGUAAGAAGCUUUUGAUUGUUGUGUAUUUCCAUAUAGGCCUACUGGCUUUUAGCAAGAAAUAUGUUUAACAGGAACUCACAUUUUGUCUACUGGAUACUUAUGGUCAAAUAUAUUUGGGAAAUUCCAAGGUGUUUGGUCAUUUGAUGUCCAAUUCAUUACCAAGUAUUAUGUAAUUCUACACAAGAAGUGACAUCAAAUGUGUCAUUUCAGUUUAUAUUUGCUUCUAUUUUUAAUUCAAUUCAAUUCAUUUUUUAAAUAUUUAUUUCCAUGAAAAAAUAACAUACAAAUACAUAAACAUAACAUAAAUAUAAACAUGUGGGCAUAUUAAAGGUAAGAUAUAUAACAGUAAACUGAAAUGAAAUAAAUGAAAUCGAAAAAAUUGAAAAAAGAGCACCUGUUAAAAGCAUGUUUUAGCUUGUAAGCAUCAGGUAUCUUUUCCAAGUUCCUAGAAGUGUUAUAAUUUGAUACAUUGGUCAGAUUUACUAGAAUGUGGUGAGACAAAAAAGCUUAAACUUACCCAAUUAUGAGCCAUAAAAUUGAUUGAAUAACUCCAACCAUUGAAUACUUUAGAUUAGAGUCAUUUUUUUUUAUUUCAAAUGUUUGUUCAAGAGUGCUAUUAUGACCACUGUUUGACCAUCAUUAUGUAGUACUAUGUAAAAGGCUGAACAAAUGGAAUUACUGAAUAUCACAAAACUUGAAGAUGUGGGAUGAAGAAAACAGUUUAGUGUAUGAAAGUCUUCUUAUUGCCCUUUUCAAUUAAAUAUUACACAACAUUUUAUAAAUGUGGGGUUUAUUUAUAUUAAAAAAAUGUCUAUGUAGAUGCUCAUAGCACCGAAUGUGCUAAAUCUAAUGAUCACAUUGAAAUGAGAUACAGGCUUUAUCUGGUUUAUACUGUUGGCAGGAGAGUUUACAAAAAGUGAAUUGGAAAUCAGAAUCAUGUUUAUAAUAUGUUAGCUGUAUUGCAUCUUUCCAAGUUGGUUAUUUUGGUCGGAAUGCCAUUUUUAUUCAUGUAAUCAUGGACGAGAUAUUCAAUUAUGCACAAUUAAAGUAAGAUAAGGAAAUUUAAACUGAUCAAAAAUAAUAUUUGACCCAUCAAAGAAGGACAACGUGGGAUUCUUUUUGCACGACAUGUUGAUAAAGCCUAUGUACAAUAUGAAUAUGAAUAUUAAAGUCCCCUUCCUUCAUAUGCUUGGUUUGGCAGUGAUGUACAUUGCAUAGCCUACUGAUGGAGAUCGAGCAAGAGGGAUGUUAACUGUACAUAAAAAGCAUAUGAAUACCUUAUAGCUCUUGGGAGACAAUAUUAUGUUGGGAAAGGGGCAUUUUUUUAGUCUUUGUUUUGAAAGGAGAGUGAUGGAGAAAACAAAUAUUGUGGUAUUCAUGCCAAAUGCAAAAAUUCUUCCAUCAAAAAUAAUUCUAUGAAAUAAUAUUUCUACAAAUUUCAGAGGUUAUAUAGAUUUUUAUGAAAAUGUGUGCAAUGAAAUAUUGUCAUGGUAAAAAUAUGGCAUGCAAAAAAGAGAAAGAACAUAUAAGGCUUCAAUUUCAUGAUUGUAUACCCCUGAAAGGAUUAAUAGAAUUAAUCUUCUGGUGUAGGGAUGGUAAUUUAAAUUGAGUGUGGGUGUUAUUCUGACUAUAAACACAUUGAAUACCACAAAGUUAUAUCAAAGUCAUCAUCAUAAUGUUCAUGUAAUUAUGGGAGGGAAACGUAAUGUUUAGAUUUCAUUGUACUUUAAAUAGUACUUUUAUAAUUUUUAUUUCAUUUUCAAAUAUUGAGUCAAAUGUCAAUAUAUUGUGAAAAGUUCUUGGAUAGAUGCAGAAAUUUGGGCUCAGAGAUUUAAAAUUUUAAAGAAAAACAAAGGAUAAGUUAUGAAAACUUCUUUUUGGUAUUGUUUUAUGCUGCAUUUUUGUUUAAAUGUGACCUGGAGAUCUAACUGGAUAUUGAGUUUUUUAUUUGAAAGGUAAAAUAAAAAGUAAAGCUUUACUAAAUGUCAUUUAAGCUAUUGUGUGCUUUUUAUCAUAUUAUCAGUAGUUCUUGUGGCUUUAUCUGUGCUCAUGCUGUAAAACACUCUGCAAUCAUAAAGUUAUUGUCUGUGGUACUUACUUGUAUUUGCACUAGAUAAUUUGCCAUAGCUAGAGUUUUAUUUCCGAGCUAGUUAUCAAAACAAAUAAAGUGAUAUUUAUGUAUAUUUAUGUAAAUGCAUUAAUAUUUUGUGUUGAAAGGUAUUGAUAUGGAAAAAAGAAGAGUCAAUAAAUAUUGAAACUUUUGAUGUAA